AUGGAGACUCAAUCACAGACUCAGAACGUCUCCGAACUCUCCCACCAGCAGCGAUUCUUCCACUACUUCCAACAUGAAAUCACCGGUGAGCCGAGGACGUCUUCCCGUGGAAAAAGACCAGUAAUUGAUGGGCAUCUCCUGUUAGCUCUUCAGGAACAAAUGGAUCGCCUGGCAGAAACUGCGCUCGUGGGCGGCGAACGGUCAGAUGCUGCGGACCAUUGCCUCGCAGGCAUCACGCGACUGUCGAGCGAAGUCAAGGAUGCUUCAGGAUAUCUUCCCGCCUACGAUCAGAGGACAUAUGCUGAGGUAUUGACGAUGGGCAUUACCACACGCGCAGCUCACAUACAACAGGCCAUUAAAGCUCUUCAGGAAAAGCUCGAGGAAACUCGAAGAGCUUUUGCUCCUAAACCCAAGUUCUCCUUCAAAUCAGCCCACAAGAGUCCCUCCGCUCUCUCCUUGAGUGAUGCUGCAGAAUUGGCCGCCGAAAAACGUCGCACUGUACCAGGAUACCUCUCGCCUACCUCUUCUAGCAACCCCAGCUAUAUCAAUACUCCACAGAACGAAAAAUCCGCCGGCCCAGAUGAAGAGCCAGCUUCAGAGAUAAGGGUUGGCUCAAGAAAAGAGUCAGAUUCGACAACCACCACUACACACCCUACCACUACCAAGCCUCGCAUUACCGAUUCCUCUAGAGCUAGAACAUCUCUCCCCACGGCCGUCACUUCCAUAUCCAUCAACAAUCAGUCAAACACUCAUAUCAUUCUACCCUCCUCUGCCCUCAACUCCCAGACCCCCUGUUCCCUCCAAAAUCUUACCAGAUGUGUCAUUGACCUUUCAGUUCCCACCACUGAAACUGCUCCGUUUGCCAGCCUGACCAUGAGCUCCAUUUCUUCAUCUUUACUGCUGUGCGGUUCGGUCUCUGGUCCAGCACAUAUCACAGCUGUGAGGUCAAGCGUACUGGUUAUCAAAUGUCGCCAAUUCCGUAUGCAUGAAUGCGAGAAUGUCGAUGUCUAUCUCCACUGCAUAAGCAGACCUAUCAUUGAAGAUUGCAAGGGGAUUCGGUUCGCUGUUCUUCCCAAGUUCCAUUCCGAAUUAAUAUCCUCGUCCCAAGAGAAGCCCGAUACGGCCCCAAACCAAUGGAACCAGAUCGACGACUUCAAAUGGCUCAAAGCCGAGCCCAGUCCGAACUGGUCUAUCCUGCCCAUUGAAGAAAGUAUCCCCGAUGAGACGUGGAGAGAAAUCGUUCCCAGCGGACCUGGCUGGGAUAUUAGUGAUAUCCUCAUGGCAGUAGGCCUGGGCAGGACCGCUUGA